UCGUUUCCCAACCUCCUUCUCGGCCUUUCAUUUUUUUUCCUUCAAAACCCUAAGCUCCCGCCGCCGCGGAUAUCGCCAACGACAAUGGCUUCCGAAGGAUUGGUUCUCCGCGGCACCAUGCGAGCCCACACCGACAUGGUCACAGCCAUCGCCACCCCCAUCGACAACUCCGACAUGAUCGUCACUUCCUCCCGCGACAAGUCCAUCAUCCUUUGGCACUUGACCAAAGACGAAAAGACCUACGGCGUCGCUCGCCGCCGUCUUACUGGUCACUCCCACUUCGUCCAAGACGUUGUCCUCUCUUCCGAUUCCCAGUUCGCCCUCUCCGGUUCUUGGGACGGUGAGCUUCGACUCUGGGACUUGAACGCUGGAAUCUCCACUCGUCGUUUCGUCGGACACACCAAGGAUGUGCUCUCAGUUGCCUUUUCGAUUGACAACCGUCAGAUCGUUUCGGCUUCACGUGAUCGAAGCAUCAAGCUUUGGAACACACUUGGGGAGUGCAAAUACACUAUCCAAGAUGGUGAUGCACAUACCGAGUGGGUUAGCUGUGUUCGUUUCAGCCCGAAUACUCUCCAGCCCACUAUUGUGUCAGCUUCGUGGGAUAAGACUGUGAAAGUUUGGAACUUGACUAAUUGUAAGCUUCGUAACACAUUGGCCGGACACUCCGGUUAUGUGAACUCGGUGGCCGUUUCUCCUGAUGGGUCUUUGUGUGCUAGUGGAGGAAAAGACGGAAUGAUUCUUCUUUGGGAUUUGGCUGAAGGAAAGAAGCUUUACAGUCUCGAUGCUGGUUCUGUCAUUAACUCGCUUUGCUUCAGUCCAAACAGGUACUGGCUUUGCGCUGCCACUGAGCAGAGUAUCAAGAUCUGGGAUCUGGAGAGCAAGAGCAUUGUGGAGGACUUGAAGGUUGAUCUCAAGGCCGAGGCUGAGAAAUCUGAUGUCACCGAUAAUGCAAACAAGAAGAAGGUGAUAUAUUGCACGAGCUUGAACUGGAGCGCCGAUGGAAGCACUUUGUUUAGUGGUUAUACAGAUGGGGUAGUCAGAGUUUGGGGAAUUGGUCGAUACUAGACUACUCGCAUGCCUUGCCUCGAGUGAGUAAUCACAAUAUGAAACAACUGCCGUUGCAUUUUCAAAGCCUUUGUUCAAAAUGUUGGAUCUUUCGAGUUAUUUUUGCUUUGUUCGGAUGUGCACUAUUC